AUGGGGAACGACGAAGUCUUGACAGCAGGAGGUGCUGCCAACCCACAAAGCGGCAAAAAGAAGAACAGGAAUAGAAACAGGAAGAAAAACAAAAAGAAUACGCCAGUGAAAGCAAAUGCUCCUCCCUCGAAUCCAACUAAUGCCUCGGAUGUCACAAAUGCCGAUCCAAUCACCAAGGAUGCCUUUGCCGCACCAAUUUCUCCCAUUCGAAACGAAGGAAAGAACGGCGAAAUUGAGGCAAGCGAAGGCGCCUUUUUCAAUUCCAUGGGUCAACCAUCCACUCCUAGCUCUCUUUCAGGGGGGAGUAUGGAUCUGGAGUUGGAAGCAAGUGAAAAAGAUCACAUAGAUCUACUGCUGCAGCCCAAUCCUUCCCUGGAAACAGAAGAAAGAUGGAACGAAAGGGGGGAGGAAACUGACCACAGUGAAGGGAAAGAUAGCUUGAACCAUCGCAAGGCAGUGGAUACGGUACAAAUUGAGGAUCUUUACAAACAAGCACCUCAGCAACCGGAGGAGUCCAAGACAAAUGAUCUAGUCUGGCUCGUGCUUUGCUCUCUCGGAAUUCUGGCAUCUUUCGUUUGCUAUGGCUUACUUUUGGAAUACACAACAUCCGGUGGUAGAAAGCUGCACGAACUUAGUUUCUUAUUUGUGACUUCUGGAUUGUAUACGCUUACAGCAGCAGCAGGUCGUCAUGUUCGAGCAGAGACUCCAAGCACCAUUCCACCAGCCCGAUUUGCAAUUCUAGGAUUGACAAGUAUGGGAUCCACAUUCUGUUCCGUCCGUUCCUUGCGAUAUGUCAUUUAUCCGAUUCAAGUGUUGGCGAAAAGUUGCAAGCCUGUGCCAGUCAUGUUAAUGGGUGCAAUGAUGGGGAAAAAAUACGACACUCGAAAAUACAUUAAUGUCUUGAUGAUUGUCACUGGAGUCGCGCUGUUCAUGGGUGGCGGAAGCAGCAACAAAAGCGACAAGAAAGUGGAAGAGCAUGAGGAACAGUCUACCUCAUCUCAAGCUUUUGGAAUCAUACUUCUCUUUAUUUCACUCUGCUUCGAUGGUGGCACUGGUGCCUACGAGGACAAACUAAUGAGCGUCCACAGUGUGCAACCCUUUGAUCUCAUGUACAAUAUCCAACUGGGAAAAACAAUUCUUGCUGGUAUUUCUCUGUUGGUACUCAACCAGCUGCACAUUUUCUUUCAAAUGUGUCAAGAAAUGGGAUUUCUAUUGGUGGCGCUUGGUCUGAGUGGUGCCUUGGGACAAGUCUUUAUUUUUGUGACCAUUGCAAAGUUUGGGGCGUUGACUUGUAGUAUUAUUGGCCUUGGAAGAAAGGUCACGACCUUGGUUGCAUCCAUCUACAUUUAUGGCCACGUAUUGAAUGGAGUUCAAUUUACAGGUCUUGUAGUAGCUGUGAUGGCAAUGGUUCUAAACUUUACGGGCAAGAACAAGAAAUCUGGUCAUGGACACCAUGGUGAUGAGCCUAGAUCAGAUGCACUCACAGAAGAGAUGCAAAAAAUGUUAGACGACGAUCUAGAAGAUGGUGACGUAGAAUUGCCUAGCAGAAAAUAA